ACCAUUUGUGUAUUACGAUCUGGUGUCGGUAAUAAAUGAUAAAAUGAGGCCAAAAACACAAAUCUAUAAAGGAAUUUCAAAAUGCGUGUGCUGUUCUUUAAUUAAUCUAACUAUUGGAUGCAGGAUUAUUGCUAUAAUAGGACUUAUGGUGUCGCUAUGGCUGGUCAUAGCUUUUGCAAAUGACAGAUUUCUAAAUUCAGAGUCUAAUUAUGAUGUGAGUCGAAAAACCGCUACGGCCCUUGGUUUGGAUUGGCAGCACUUUCAUCAAGACGCCAGUAUAAAACAUGAGCACGAUCCAGAAGGAAAAAUGAUAUCAAUUACGGUGAUAUUCUACUCUUUUUCUUUUCUUGGAGUAAAUUUGCUACUUUUCAUAGCAAGUCUUCGGUAUGAUUGGUGCUUUGCACUUCCAUGGCUCGUGUUUGACGCUGUCUGUUGUUUUUCAAAAUUUGGAUGUUUAGUGUUUCACCUAAAUGAAGAUCUAAUUGUUGUGGAAUCUGCAUAUUUUAUUGGAUUUAUAUUAAACUUAGUUUUGUCCGUGUGGUGGUGGAUAGUCGUAUUGUUUGCAGUAAUUUCAUGGAAAAAUCAACAAAACUUUGACUUAGAAACUGAGAUGUUUUCUUUAUACUCUUCGAAUGUCAGAAGUAAUACAACUGAGACUACAGCAGAUUUCUCUACAUCAGAAAGAAUACAUAUUUAUGGAGAGACCUCCACUCGUAAUACCACAAUUUCACCAGUUAAGGACUCCAAAAAGAAUAAUUCUUGAGAAAUGUCAAGAUUUAAAAAUCAUUACUUAAUAAUUUGCAACUGUAUUUUACAUUUUUCCCCGCUACAAAAUUUUUUAAAUUUUUUUCCGGAUUAAAAAAAUUAAAUUUUUCAGGAAGUCACUAAGAAUUGGGUGUGGAUACAGAUAAAAAUUAUUAAGGCUUUUAAAAUUGUUAUUUUGACUAAUUUUAUAUAUUUAUAAUUAAAUUGAUAUGGUAUAUUUUUUAACUUUAAAAAAUUAUUCUUAAAGCUAUUCAUUUUAUUUUUCGUUCAAAUAUAACAUUUUCUAUAGGUAGGUACUUUUUGUUUUAAAAAGUUGUACUUGUCGUUCCAUAAUGUUUUAAAAGUAUUAUUCUGUGAUUAUAUUCAUUUUAUUAUUAUAACAAAAAUAUUUUUAAAGUUUAUAUUUUUGUUCUUACAUUGUAAUGUUUAAGAUAGUUUUUAAUA